GGCAGCGCGGCUUCGGGCGGAGGGCCGGGCGGUUCCCACCUGCCCGCGCGCCGGCGGGGCGGCUCAGCGGUCCUGCCCCCGCCCCUCCCCCGCCCGCUGCCCCCGCCCCUCCCGCGCUGGCUUUCUCCCUCCCUCCUUCCCUGGCGGGGCUCCGGCGGCGGCGGCGGCGGCGGCGGCGGCGGCGCUUGGCGCGGGCAGGUCCCCCUGCUGCCCGGUCCCAUUUGUUGCCGAGUCCUGCUCGGAGCGGCGGCGGCGAGCGGAGCUCCGGGGAGCCCGGCGGGGCAGCCGCACAGCCACGACGGAGCAGCCGCGGGACUGGCCGCCUCGCGCCCCCUUCGCCGCCGUGCCCUUCCCCGGCGCGCUCACCCCGUUCUCAGGAUGGGAUUGUAGCGGCGGCGCGGACUCCGCGGGGAUCGCGGCGGAGGAGGCGGCGGCGGCGGCCGAUCGGGGCUCCAUGUUUUCCCCCGGCCAGGAGGAGCACUGCGCCCCCAAUAAGGAGCCUGUGAAAUAUGGGGAGCUGGUAGUUCUAGGGUACAAUGGUGCUUUACCUAAUGGAGACCGCGGCCGGAGGAAAAGCAGAUUUGCUCUCUAUAAGCGGCCAAAGGCUAAUGGAGUCAAACCCAGCACGGUCCAUGUGAUAUCCACGCCACAAGCGUCCAAGGCUAUCAGCUGCAAAGGUCAACACAGUAUAUCGUAUACUCUGUCAAGGAAUCAGACUGUGGUGGUGGAAUACACACAUGAUAAAGAUACGGAUAUGUUUCAGGUGGGCAGAUCAACAGAAAGCCCUAUCGACUUCGUUGUUACAGACACAAUUUCGGGCAGUCAGAACAAUGAUGAGGCCCAGAUUACACAAAGCACCAUAUCCAGGUUUGCCUGCAGGAUCGUCUGCGACAGGAGCGAACCUUACACAGCACGGAUAUUCGCAGCCGGAUUCGACUCUUCCAAAAACAUAUUUCUUGGAGAAAAGGCAGCAAAAUGGAAAAACCCCGAUGGCCACAUGGACGGGCUCACUACAAAUGGCGUCCUGGUGAUGCAUCCACGAGGGGGCUUCACUGAGGAGUCCCAGCCUGGGGUCUGGCGUGAGAUCUCUGUAUGUGGAGACGUGUACACCUUGCGAGAAACCAGGUCGGCCCAGCAGAGGGGAAAGCUGGUGGAGAGUGAGACCAACGUCCUGCAGGACGGCUCCCUCAUUGACCUGUGCGGGGCCACCCUUCUCUGGAGAACAGCAGACGGCCUUUUCCAUACUCCAACGCAGAAACACAUCGAGGCGCUCCGGCAGGAGAUUAAUGCCGCCCGGCCGCAGUGUCCCGUGGGGCUCAACACCUUGGCCUUCCCCAGCAUCAACAGGAAGGAGGUGGUGGAGGAGAAGCAGCCCUGGGCAUACCUCAGCUGCGGCCACGUGCACGGGUACCACAACUGGGGCCACCGGAGCGACACAGAGGCCAAUGAGAGAGAGUGUCCCAUGUGCAGGACUGUGGGCCCCUACGUGCCUCUCUGGCUCGGCUGCGAGGCAGGGUUUUAUGUAGACGCAGGACCACCAACUCAUGCUUUCACCCCUUGUGGACACGUGUGCUCAGAAAAGUCUGCGAAAUACUGGUCUCAGAUUCCGUUGCCUCAUGGAACUCACGCAUUUCACGCUGCCUGCCCUUUCUGUGCUACCCAGCUGGUUGGGGAACAGAACUGCAUCAAAUUAAUUUUCCAAGGUCCAGUUGACUGAUGCCCUUGACAGCCAUCUACGACUUUAUUAACAAGUUACUGUGAAGAUUUUGCCACUAACUCUAGAUUUUACCUUUUUAUAAUGCUGUUUAUUAAGGGGAGGGGGGGCUGAGGCUGGGGGGGGGGAGGGGGGGACAUGGCGACGAGACAUGCCAGGAAUUUAAGGCAUCGGGUGUGUUGCAUGCUCAAAAAAGCGGCAUCGUCAUUGAAGCCUGCUUGAUGAAACCAUAAUCUUUGUCAUAAUUGGAUUUAAAAUGCCAUGCUUUUAUUUGAACCUUGGGUUUUCAAACAAUGUUUUCCUUUGUAAACUUGGAUGAGACUUUAAAAUCCUAUUUUACAAAUGUAGAAGAAAUUUAUUCAGAAGUUGGCUCUAAAUGGGCGACCUUCCAUGCUGCGUGGUGUAGGUGUGAAUGGAAAGACAUGCAGGGCCUGGGAGUACUUGAUACAGGCUAGAAUCUGACCAGCUCCCACUGCGGUGGCGGCGGCGGCGGCGGUGGUGGUGGGGAGAUGUUAGGCACAGGUGGCAGUUUUGAAAUCCGGGGUUUUCAGAUUUUUCUUAUUUUGGGAAAAGAAUAUUCAUAUACUGUCGUGUGUUUUUGUUUUUAGUUGGGUGGAAUUCGAUGACUUUACUCAGUCAUCAAAUACCUUGGCAUUUCAAAGACAUUUCCGUAACUUUUUAGUCUGCCUUUUGUUGCUUCUGUUUAAGAUGGUCUGUCCCUGAUUGGCCACAACCGUUGGGUUGAUUAAAAUGCAGCAACUCUUAAAAAUUCAUUAACUAAGGGUGAUUAUUAAUUGCAGCAGUCAGCAUGGCCUGGGUACUAUACCAUCAAGUUCCUUUGCUUACUGAAUUGCUCAAGAUUUAUGAGUGAUUAAAAAUAAGAUUUUACUUUUUAAAACCACUUGUUGGGGUUUCCUAAGGUGUUUCUUUUUUUUCCUUCCUUAAAAAGGCCAAACUUCUGAGAGCCUAAAAGCAACGUAUCACCACGAUUCAAUGGCUUUUGUUCACUCCCUCACUGCCAUCUGUCACCUUCUCUUGCAGCUUAUGGAGCCCUGUAAGUUUUGAAAAUGUUUGCAAAUCAAACCAAAUUUAAAUGUGAUCAUUAGAUAUAUACAACACCAAGCAGUACAUCUGCAGGGAUAAUUUGGAAUUCCAGAUUUCAAGAGAGCAAAUGAGUGUUUACUGAGGAAUAAUUAAAUCAGAAUUUCACAUGAGCACCACCAACCCUUCUGUUAGCUCCAUUUCAUUUUGAAUAAUUCUCAGAUACUCAUUCUCUGUCCUCAGUACCUACGGUAUCCCUGCUACCAGAACGUAAAGGUUCUUGAGGACAGGCGACGGAUUGCCACAGCUGGCUGACAUGAAGUAGAUUCCUGCCGCACAGAGCAAGUAUUUAUUUAUACUAACAUCCUCUAAAAUUGACCAUUGCAGAUUCAUGCUACAUUUUAACCUUUCUAAAGGUAUAGAAUUUAUAGGCUUCUAAUAGACUGCAUUUACACUUGACCAUCUUUCCAUGUUUUGCCUCCUGGUAAAUAUGUUGCCCUGUUUUCAAUUGUUCUAACACAUCUUGAAUGUCUUUUUCCUUAAAAGGAUUACUGUUGAUUGCUACCGCGUAAUUUGACCUAGUAUCUAAAAAGUUCAGCUGCUCAGUUUUAAAAAAGCUUUACUUUUCAAUGGAGGUGAUUGUGUGGGAGGAGACAUUUUUGGUAAUUUUUAAGUGAUGCAAAAAUCCAACAACAGUCCUCUUACUGAUAGGGUAAGUCAUAAACUAUCUCCAGACAGCUGGAAUUGCCUAGAUUCAUGUGUCACAUACCUUUUUCUUUAGCCUCAGACUCCAAUGACUGACUUUCUCUUAGAGUCUCUUUAAUUUGUGCUUCUUUGGGCUCCACAAAAUGAUAAAGGAGGCAACAGUCCCUUUUCUUGCUCUCUGGCUAGAAAGUGGUUUGAGGAGCCUGGAUACCCUAAAAGCAUCUUAUAAAGUAAAUGGCCUUGCAUCUAGAAGGGCUGGAUUUUUCCUAUCAAAAACAUUUCCGGAAAGUUACAAUCUGCUGUAAUCUUCCGUUUCGAGGACUACAACAGUUCAGGGUCUAGCAGUUUUACGUGUAACACAUGCCCCCAGAUGAUCUUCCAACGUGAAAAGUUCCUUUUGACUUUUAGUAAAUGGAGAUACCUAAGUAGAAGUCAAAUUUUGGCUAAUAAAUCCCAAGCUCUUGGAAGGGCUAACAGGAAACAUACUCUCUCUUCACACCUUCUCCUUUGACUUCCCAGUGAGAUCCCCUCCCCUUCUGCCUAAGGAACCGCAGAGAGGUGGCAAGUCUGGGAAAAGAAGCCAGGUUCAGCUUGGCCAGUUCCAGCAAGAUUCGCUUAUAACUUGGACUAAGGAGUUUGUUCCAGACAUGAGAGCAAUUUAGUUUGUGAGAACAUACAAGUCUAGCUCGCCAAAGUAGAGUAAUAUAGUUCAGAAAAAGUAACUUCACAGAGAUGACUUUUUUUUUUGCUUGCCCGCUUGAGGAGCGAGCCCUGCUCCCCCAGCUGUACACCUAGGAAUUAUCCUGAUCUUGACCUGAUCAAAAUGCCUUUUGUGAAUAGGUCACUAGAAGUGAAGCCCCGGUGAUGUAUUCCCAUAGUAAAUUUCUUCAGUUGUCAGUUUACUAUUUAAAAAAAAAAAAAAAUGGAUGGGAUACAACCCUGAAUAUUUUUCUAGUCGAAUUUUUUUAAUAAUUGGUGCUGUCAGGUCAUGCAUGCUGCAACUCAACAUUUCCCUUAUUUGGUUCUUUUUUUUUUUUUUUUUUUUUUUGCAAAAAGGGCUACAGUUCACACUGCAGAGUAAGUAUUAAACUUUCUGGGUUUUUCUUUUCCCCCCACUGUGGCCCAAAAGAAUUAGAAUCUUUUUAUAUAGAGAGCAUAUUUAUCAUUCCUCAAUAGUUAAUUAUAGAGUUUGGUACCUUUGUGCCUCAGGGAAGCCACGUGACGUAACUGGUUAUAGAAUUUCAGGGUUAGGGUUUAAAGAAAGGAGAAAGCCAUUGGAAAAAUGAUGGGCUCCAUUAAGGAGACUAAUGAAUCUGGAUGCAGAAGUAUGCCAGGACCUGGCAUAUGCAUGAUUGUAUUAGAAUUUAUUUCCAGUGUCAAUAGGGAAACCUUAAGUUAUUACAUAUACUAUGUCAGGAAAGUCGAGAACUCUUCUUCAUCAAGCUUCCAUGCUUUAUUUCAUUUUUGCUGACCUGAAACUCAAACCCCUUUUGGGAGAGCUCAGUAUUGUUAUUUGGGCACUUUUGAAAGUUUAAAGGGAGUGUGUUUUCUCCUGAAUUUCCUCCUAGGUUGAAGAAUUGUUAGCUGCAGUUCUAUGAUUUUGAUCAACUUUUUAAAAGCUAUUCUGUGCUUUGGAUUUAUGUGAAAGGAGGUGCAAUUUCAGCGUUGUUCAUGCUGACUACGAUCUAGUGAGCUUCAGGCAGUUUUGCCUUGCAACAGUGGAAUUCCUGAUAGGCAAACCACACAACCUUGAUUUUAAGCCAGAUCCAGCUCCGUUCCCUUGGCAGGGGAUCUUAUAGCCCCCUAGUUUAGCCUUCAUGGGCUGAGGGGAUGACGUUCCUCUUCCAGGGCUGAAAAUAGAACACAGCUCUGUUAUCAUUUCUUUAGGACCCCAAGGCCAAGGAGACAACUCCAGGAUUUUUUUUUUUUAACAAUGUAAACAUUACAAAACUCGUAAAACAAAGAAGGUUCAGUAUUUCUUUUUAAGUAAAAUUUAUAUCCUCUCAAGUUUUCACCUUCAUGAAAAAGCCCUAGAGGAAGAUAGGAAAAAGCAAAUAUUUUUCCAGUCCUACUUAACCGUUUCUAAACAAAAGUAAACUUGAUGAAAGGGAAAUUAUUUCUUUUUAGGUGAGAUGACAGAUCAUUUCUCUGUAUUAAAUAGUCUAGAAGUUAAGGGGUGGUCCUAUUUACCAUGUAUAGUGUUACAAGCAGUUAAAUUUUAUGGAUAUAUUUGUAAAACUGUUCUUUUAUAUUUCAUGUCAAAUUGAAAAGUUUAUUUCUUCACUAUUGUAACCUGUGGAAAUACAAGCCAUUUUACAGGAAAAAUCUUCAAAAGUUAUUAAACGGAUCUCAUUA